GGUGUCAUCUGUGUUAUUUUUGUGGGGGAUGUUAUUUAUUUUUAUAAUAAUAAAACAUAUAGUUUUUUUGAGAAUACAAAGUACUGCCAUGUUUCUUUGUGUACACUCUACUGUGAACUGUACUACACAUCAAGUAUCACCACAGCUGGUUGUCUGAAGCAGAAAGGUCUCAGCUGGACUUCAGUCUCAGUCAAUCUUGAAGUGAUUUAAAGCCAACAGAGAUAUGCGAUUACAUUACUCACAUCUCAAAGUCUGCCUGCAGUUUUAUCUGACUUGACACAGAUAAGUACCAGGCAUGUGUCUGUGUCAGUGGGAUGUGAACCCAAGGCUGAAGUCCAGCUGUGACAGUGCAGGAGAGAAGAGCCGUGUGGGAAGAGCUGUGAUUCAGUGAACUCUGAGUGUGAACAGCAGCGGUCGACCAAACCAGGACAGUACAGGUUCCAGCCUAUCUCUGUCACCACGGCCUGGGGCCUGUACUGAAGUGAGGGGAACAAUGACAUGUCUGAGAUGCUGGCUCCAGGCAGCAGCCCUGCUACUGCUCAGUGUCAGUGGAGACACUCUGGACCAGGUCCAAGCUGAGAACCUGCAUCUGUUUCACCCCGAGGAGUAUAACCUGCUGCGGAAUCGUGACAUGAGAGUGCUGCCCAGGGACUGUUAUGAAAUGCUGAUGAUCUCUUCAGGCCAGGCUCACGACGGUAUUUAUUUAAUCAAACCUGGUGACGCCCCCAUUGCUGCCUACUGUGUCAUGCAGGAGGGAGGGUGGACUGUGGUGCAGCACAUUACCGUUAACAGCAGCGUGAACUUCGAUCGCACCUGGGCUGAGUACAAGCUGGGCUUCGGGGCAGUCUCAGGAGACCACUGGCUUGGGAACGAAUACCUCCACCAGCUCACCCGUGGCCCUGGACGCUACAAGCUAGGAAUAAAACUGGUGGGCCCGGACGCUGUGACCAAGGUUGGAGAGUACGAUCCUUUUCUAGUGGAGGACGAGGCGUCGGCAUACAGGCUGAGGCUGGGACUGUUCCAGGGAACCACCGUAGACGCCCUGACCCUGGACACGGAGAACUACCUGCAUGACAAUCAAAAAUUCACCACAAAGGACAGAGACAACGACAACUACUUCCAAAACUGUGCCAAGCUGGAGUUCCAGGGUGUUCCAGGAGGGGGCUGGUGGUACGACGCCUGUGCAGGUGCCAAUCUGAACCGCAGGAACGUCAUCUACUGGCAGAAGGACUGCAACAAGGAGAGGCUGUGCAAAUAUGCGUGGAUGAUGGUGAGACCUUCAGACACAGUGAAACUGGUGCAGAGCAGAGACUGCAGAAGGGACGAGCUCUGAAGACGGAAUGCCAUUGGCUAAGGACAAAUUCUUCAGAUUAUUAUUGUUAUUCAUUUUUGUUUCCAAGGUAAUCUUAAAACUUACAACAAAGGCUUAUAUCAGUGCUUUCAUCUGCUGAAUUGAUCACAUUUUAUUCAGAAAGCCAUGGACAAGGUCACAAAAUACAAGAAAGACUAAAAACAAAUAAAAAAAUCACAAACUUCACAGUCACAGCAUUAAAAAAAAAAACAACAUUGAUGGCUAACCAAAGACUUUCAGUACAUCAAGAAGCAGGUUUUGAGUCACAAUUCUUCACCUGUAGGUUUACAGUAAGGUUUUAUCACAGCAGCAUGGAAUUCCUUGGUGACACUAAGUUUAAACAUAUUUUGCUUUUUCUUUUUCUUGGUGUCAUUUUUGUUCAUUCUUGCAGAAAAAAAACAAACACUUUACAAGCAGCAGUUUU